AUGUCAGGAAGAGGUAAAACCGGCGGAAAAGCCCGCGCUAAGGCAAAGACUCGCUCCUCUCGUGCUGGACUCCAGUUCCCGGUCGGUCGUGUUCACAGACUGCUGCGCAAAGGCAACUACGCUCAUCGUGUGGGUGCCGGCGCCCCCGUCUACUUGGCCGCUGUGCUCGAGUAUCUGACCGCUGAGAUCCUGGAGCUGGCUGGAAACGCCGCCCGCGACAACAAGAAGACCCGUAUCAUCCCCCGCCACCUGCAGCUGGCCGUCCGCAACGACGAGGAGCUCAACAAACUCCUGGGCGGAGUGACCAUCGCUCAGGGCGGCGUGCUGCCCAACAUCCAGGCUGUUCUUCUGCCCAAGAAGACCGAGAAGGCCGCUAAGUCCAAGUAAACCACAACAACUCCGCAAACAAAAGGCUCUUUUAAGAGCCACACACUCACUCUGAGAAACUGCUCAUCCUCCUCUUUAAAAUAUAGCUCGACUG